UUAGAUAGCGGAAAUAUGGGCUGAAUGUCAACGCAAACCAAAUCAGAGAACCCUUUUCAUCCGAUGUUCCGCCGCCGCCUCCACUGCUCUUCCUAAUUGUAUUGUAUCUGCUUUAUAAAUUAUUUGCUGCUUGUAAUUUGUCCAUAGCUAAAUGUGCUCUCCGCAUGACCAAAUUCAACUGUUACCGAUUUUCGCAGCAAUGGAGAUACGACGGCGACCAUCGGCUGCUCCGCAUUUUUUCCUUUCUACAGCAUCGUCGCUCAUCUUCGGUUGUUCCUGCUCUCCAAUGCCGAGAGCAGCCCAUUAGCAACAAAGCUCCAGCGUCAUCGAUUCCGGACUUCGAUUCUCAUGCAUAUGCCCGAAUGCUUCAACUUUGCACGAAAAACAACGACCCCAACAGAGCGAAAAUCAUCCAUUGCGAUACUCUGAAGAGGGGCAACUGUUUGGACCUAUAUGCUCGCAAUAUUUUGUUGAAUCUCUACUUGAAAACGGGGCUUCUAUCUGAUGGUCUUCAAGUGUUCGACGAAAUGCCUGAGAGAAAUGUUGUUUCGUUUGUUACUAUGAUUCAGGGCUAUUCUCAAUUUAAGGAGUAUGAUAAAGCUGUAAACUUAUUCUUUAGGAUACAUAAGGAGGGUCAUGAGCUUAACUCUUUUGUUUUCACCUCGAUUUUGAAGUCGCUUGUGACCAUGCAUUGGUUGGAAUUAACAUUGUGCGUUCAUGCUUGCAUUUAUAAGCUUGGUUAUGGUUCUGAUGCCUUUGUUGGGACAUCUCUUAUAGAUGCUUAUUCCGUUUUUGGGGUUGUGAACUUUGCUAAACAAGUGUUCGAGGGAAUUGUCGGAAGGGACAUGGUAUGUUGGACAGGGAUGGUGUCUUGCUAUGCUGAGAAUGAUUGUUUUGAAGAUUCACUGGAUCUAUUUAAUCAAAUGAGGUCGGAAGGCUUGCUGCCAAAUAAUUAUACUUUUGCAAGUGUGAUUAAGGCGUGUCUUGGACUCGGAAAUGCUGAAUUGGGAAAGAGUAUUCAUGGAUGCGUUGUAAAGACAUGUUAUGAGAUGGAUAAAUAUGUGGGUGUUUCCUUGCUUGACUUGUAUACGAGGUCCGGGGACAUUGAGGAUGCUAGACAUGUAUUCGAGGAGAUCCCUAAAGACGAUGUAGUUCCAUGGAGUUUCAUGAUUUCUCGGUACUCGCAAAGUGAUCGUUGUCAGGAGGCAUUGGAUAUGUUUCUUCAAAUGAGGAAAACCUACGUAAGUCCUAACGAAUUCACUUUGGCUAGUGUCCUCCAAGCUUGCGCGACAAAGGAGGACCUGGAACUCGGAUCUCAAGUCCACUGCCACAUGAUCAAGGCUGGGCUUGAUUUGAAUGUGUUUGCUCUCAAUGCCCUCAUGGACGUGUAUGCUAAAUGUGGAAAAAUAUGGUUUUCAGUGGAUUUGUUUGUGCAGUCCGCGAAUAAAAAUGAGGUUUCCUGGAACACGAUGAUAGUUGGAUUUGUCCAACUAGGAGAUGCAGAGAAAGCCUUACUAUUAUUCCUUAAUAUGUUAGAACAAAAUGUCCAAGCAACUGAGGUAACAUACUCCAGCUUGCUUAGGGCUGCUGCAUGUUUGGCAGCUUUGGAGGUUGGGACUCAGAUACAUUCGAUGACUGUCAAAACCAUGUAUGAUGAAGAUGAUGCUGUCAGCAAUGCUCUUAUUGAUAUGUAUGGAAAGUGCGGACGAAUUAGGGAUGCUCGUUCAGUUUUUGACUCUAUGAGAACACAAGAUGUUAUUUCAUGGAACUCAAUGAUUUCGGCAUACUCAAUGCACGGUCUUGGUGCUGAGGCCUUAAAAAUCUUUGAGGCUAUGCAAAAAGCCAAAAUCACACCCGAUCCUUUGACCUUUGUUGCUGUCCUUUCAGCAUGUAGCAACACUGGAUCAAUGGAUCAAGGCCAGUCUUAUUUUACUUCCAUGCAAGAGGACUAUGGUAUUAAACCAUGCAUGGAACACUAUACUUGUAUGGUAUCACUUCUAGGAAGAUUGGGUCAUAUUGACAAGGCAGUAAAGAUGAUAGGAGAGAUUCCACAUGAACCCAGUGUUAUGGUAUGGCGCGCAUUACUUGGGGCUUGUGUUGCACACAGUAAUGUUGAGUUUGGGAGGAUUUCCGCUGAGAAAGUGCUUGAGUUGGAACCCCAAGAUGAAUCAACUUAUGUGCUUUUGUCUAACAUAUAUGCAGGUGCAAAAAGAUGGGAUAAUGUGGCUUUUGUUAGGAAAAGGAUGAAGAAAAAAAAGGUAAAGAAGGAACCUGGCCUUAGUUGGGUUGAGAUUCAGGGAACAGUUCAUUCUUUUGUUGUAGGAGACAAUUCACAUGAAGAUAUCAAACUAAUUCACGCAAUGCUUGAGUGGCUCAACUUGAGAAGCAAAAGAGUUGGAUAUGUUCCUAAUCAUGAUGUGAUUUUGCUUGAUGUUGAAGAGGAUGAAAAAUCACGUCUCUUGUGGUUGCAUAGUGAAAGAAUAGCUUUGGCAUUUUCUCUUGUUAGAACGCCUCCUGGAAGCCCUAUACGCAUCAUUAAGAAUCUUCGUAUAUGUGCUGACUGUCAUGUUGCGCUGAAGUUGGCAUCUAAGUUGGCACACAGAGAAAUUGUUGUUAGGGAUAUCAAACGGUUUCAUCACUUCCAUGAUGGUAUAUGCUCCUGCAAUGAUUACUGGUGACGCUUUACAUAGAUAUUUAGAGUUCUUUAAUGGAGUUGUGCCGCAAACUUGACUUGGAUUGGUUAUGAUUCAUAAGUUGAUUGAGAACUUAUUGAUAGGGACAAAUCGGUCUCAUCACUUCCAUGAUGGUUCUCCUUUUGCAAUGAUCUCCGGUGAUAUGCUAACUAGUUAAGCAGAGUUCUUUACUGCAGGAGUUUCGAGAUGUAAACUCCGUAACCCUUUCAAUGGGAACUGCGUUCGGUGUUGAACAACUUCAUGUUUCCUCGGCUAGGACAAUACAGAUUUGCAGGUAGGUCUCAUUUUAACAUUUAGUCCUUUAAUGAAUUAAGAAUGCUGCAAUUUCAAAGUAAAAAGGACCUCUUUCUUCCCUUUCCCAAUUCCCAUCUAUUUCUAACUCUAGGUUCUAGAUUUUUUUCUUUUUUUCUUUUUGAUGUUAAAUUGAUUUUGUUCAUGAAAAGGCUAGUAAUUGCUUAUCUAUUUUGUCUUCUUGCUAUUGAUGAAGCACUUGUAAUACAAUAUACUAUAAUCCGUGUGCUGUUCUGAUGUCUGAGCUUUAUGGUUAGAAAUUAGAGAUGAUUCAUUCUCACAACUUAUUACGAAUUUUUUCUACUUCAAAUAUACUUUUGGAUGUGUAAAUAUACUCAUCAGAGUUUGCCAGAAAAAAUUAUUUUGUGAUUGCCUUGCAUCUUACAUGAACAAUUAUUUACUUUGAUGUAGCAGGGAAUGGAGAUAUCAUUGUUGAAAUCGCUUCUCAACAGCAUCACUUGUUUUUUACAAUUAUCCUCUUGUGAAAGCAUAAAAACUGAACCAGUUCAGACAUAUCACCAAAAGAUUAAAGAGAUACUGAUUUUUUUAAAGCCAAUACUUGACACGAUUGCCGAUACUUAAUUUGUCACCAUGAAAUGCUUCAAAGAGCAUUUGCUGGAAUCCUACAUUCUGUUGAUGAAUUGAAAGAGAUAUGUGAAAACUGGCAACCAUUAGUGAGUAAAGUUUAGUUUGUACGUGAUAAGGUUUUUUUUAUCAUCAGUUGAACGUCUAAUAACUUUGUUCCAUAGAAGCUAACUUCGUACUGGCUGAUUUUGCUUGACAUAUAGGUUUUACAAGUUGAGUCACUUAUGUCAAAGAUUAGAAAUCGUGGUUUGGAGUCACUUAUGCUCAAGUCUUCUGAUGAACUCAGUUCUGCAUCUCUUGAGGUAAUGUUUAAUGGCUAAAAUUGUUAGCCGUUACUUUUCCAUGUGUAAGAGGUGCGUGUGAUGACAGAUGGUUACUUGUUCUCAUGGGAGGUACUUCACGUUUAGCAAUACGUACAGAUCAAUCCUGACUUGUAGAGGGCCAUGCUCGUUUGAUCGUAUAAUUAAGAUUCUUGAAGUACACUGAUCGAAUAAAAAUGUUUCUACUGAACGCUUCGGAACGAAGUAAAAUGAAGAUUCUUGAAGCUUAUCAACGAGAAGAGGGCCAUGCUCGUUUGAUCGUCAUUAUUGACUAGAUAUUUCCUCCGCGAUCAAUCCUGACUUGUAGACACAAUGUAUCAGGAAAUUUCGGGAUUUUAGUGAUAGAAUAUGAUUGUAUACCUUCCUUUAUCCCACUAUUUUGUUGUUAUGUGCUUUCUAUAUGACUCUUUGUCCAAUAUCUUGUUCUUUCUCUGUCAUAGUUAUUGAUCUCUUGUGAUUUAGUGCUUUGCUGCUUCUUUGUCUCACUGAAAGCAAUAUCUUAUCUUACUAUGUGGUUUGUUGUUACAGUCAUGCUGCAAAAAGAAUUGAGAGUCUAACCGCAUAUUUUCCUUUUCAAAAUAGUUAGUCAAUACCAUAAUAAGAUGCUAACUAGAAUAUGAAUCAAUAUUAAUUCCUUAAAAAGUAUGUCAACUGAAGAUAUUAUUCAUGCUUGAAACUGAUUUGUUUUGUUCUUUGUGGACAGUGAAAUUGAUAUGGAUUUUAUCGGUGUCCAAUUGAAAGGUUUUGGGUCAUCAUUGUGAUGUAAGUUCUGGGAAUACACCCUCUCUCCUUUUCUAUUUAUUUUCUUUUGUUUAUCAGAUGAAAGCAGAGAUUGAAGGAUGUUGUUGUUAGGGUUUGGCCAAAUAUAUUAUAUGACGUGAAAAGAACUGGGAAGAAUAUUAGAGAUUCUUCUUGGAGUGAUGCAGUUUUAGAAAAGUGGGUUUCAGCACAUAUCUAAACACAACCAUAAUCGUGUAUGGAUAAGCUGUGAGCUCCGUAAUAUAUAGCUUUUCUCUGCAUAUUUCCCCUGCUUCGAAUCUUUUCCCUUAUACUCGAAUAAUAAUCUUUUCUAUUCUAGUUA